AUGCAAAGAAUUCAAAGUUGGUUCGACCAGCUGACACUCGGACGUCAGUCACGUCGCAUUUCACGGCGCCGUCGAAAUCAUUCUCGACAGCCAGACGAUCCUCGGAAGGCUUCGUCUCCUUCCGUUGUACCUAUGUCUUCGAAACGAAUUGCUCAGCCUACAAGAGCCGCCUCUCAUAGUGUCGUUCGGCAUUCCAGAGAUGAGCUUAAACCACUACCAGUAAGCAUCGCGUUCCCACCGCCACCGAUAUCGAUGCCUCCUCCAAUGAUAGUGUCAACAUCUUCCAGUUCCAGUAAUGGAUCGUUUCCGAGACGAAAUAGAAUUCGCACCAAUCCAUGGAUAGGGGAGAACAAAAUGUGGGAGAGCAUGACAAGCAGCAUGGGAAGAACCACAAAUUUUGAGUCAAGUGGAAAGAAGAGAGCUCCGGCGCUUUGUGUUGUCAGUCCGGAUACUAGUAUGUGCAGUUCAGGAUACGCAUCUCAUGAUUCCAGUCCCGACACUUCAAUGGUCUGGUCGAAUAGUGCAGAUUGGCAGAAACAUUAUGACAAUGGAAAUAAUAUAUAUCACGAACUAAUGAGUGCGUCUUCUUAUCACUCUGUCUGUCCAACUCCAAGUCCUAAACACGAAAGAGCUGAAUCUCCAAUUUACUCUGAACCAUGGACAUCAGCCACUGGUCCAAUGGUAGUCAGAAACAGAACGUAUCGUCCCGCAUCCCCAGUUUAUGCUCAACCAUUCUCCGAGAAUUAUCAUAGGGUCUCGCCACGAAGGAAUUUCAAAGAGAUGACAGAUGAUGAGUUGGCAAGAGACGAAUUCCUUCAUGAGCUUGAUCAGCAGAUCCAUGAGUUGCAGAUGCGCUCCGAGGAACUCCGAGAAAUGGUCGAUCGAGCACGCCUUCAACGGAAAGAAUUCAUCAUUCCAAAAAUGGAAUGCACUUUCGAACUGGCUAUUUGA